AUGUUCCCCCCGCUCUCGUCUUCCUCGAGGUCCACCGACACUGCAGCAUUGUCUGCUUCGGUGGAUCUCGAGGUCAUCGAGGCCAUCUUUGAGCGCGGCCGUGACGCGACUUCCUUUCCUCAGAUAUUCCGUCCAUAUACCGAGGUCCUUCAAGAAAGUGGUAUAUCCCCGACAAACGACUCGGUAUACUACAACUUUCUUCUAAAAGUAGGCGUCAUCAAAGCCCCCACAUGGGGCGAUAAAUGGGAUGUCUGGAAAGCCGCCCAUUCCCAAACCCUCCCUUCGUUCUAUUCCCAGCAAGAUUCAGGAUCCUACUCCAGCGGCACCUACACCCAACCAAGCAAAUCCUACGCGUCCUCCCAGCUCCCAGAAGUACGAAAACGCGUCCCAUUCCUCGCAUCCGCUUCCUCCGAUCUCGAUGAAGGCUACACCGGCGGAGAAGAGAGCGAGGUGCUGGCUUCACGGCCGAGCCCCAGAAAGUCGAUGCUGCAGAUGGAGAUGGAUAUGGAGAGGGAAAAGUCGAGUGGGAGAUAUACACCUACACAGGUAGAUGUGACGGUCGAAGAGGAUUUGAUGUCGUUUGACCCUCCAAUACGGACGUCGACACCUAUCUAUGCGCAACACCAGCACUACUCCCGGGGCCCUCCAGCAUACACGGCAUCGGAUAUCAGUCGAGCACUCGAAGAUACUGCAGACGAAUUCUCUGCCCUAGGUCUAUCUACUCCAAAGCAAAGCCAGAGAGAUAUGGAUGCGCCGCAGACGAUAUCCUGGGUGGACCAGAUCGAUGAGCUGUCGAUGGAAAGUAGGAGACAGAUGGAGGAAAAGGCAGAUGUCUUUUACAAUUAUGGCUUAAUGUGGAGAUGUUGGAACAUGUGGUUCAAGACCAGCGAGUGGUAUCGAUUUACAUACAAAAACAUCACUACUGCUCGUAAUAACCUUCUUCUGCGUCAAGCGCUUGAGAAAUGGCAACACCGUACCCGUAACACCCUCUCCCUGCCUCCUGUCGCCGACCAUCAUCAUUCUACUACCCUCAAGAAGAGUAUAUUCAAGUUAUGGCUCCUGCGCAUCAAGCAACGCGAUCUGGUCGAGAGGGAAACACAACUCGUAGCGACUAUGGAAGAGAGAGCGAGGAAGCAAGUGUGGGACAAAUGGGAAAUGAGAUGGAAGAAGAGAAGAGAAGACAGGUGGAGAACAGAGAUGGCUGGGAAGGAGAUAGGCUUUAUACAGAAGAUGCGGAAAGCGCGUCUGGCCUCUGUGUUUGCUAAAUGGUGUCUAGCCAGCAAGUACAAUAUCAUACACCGACGGCAUCAGACAUCUCUACUGGCAAACACCCUCACCCAUUGGCGCGAUGCCACUCUAAAUCAGCGACACCUGAAUGGUAUUCUGGGAGGUAUUCAGCUGGGACAGAAAGAAGAAGCUUUCCAAAUAUGGCGCCAAACAACAGUACUGCGCCCACUGGAGAGAGACCUGGUUUUGAGGAACGAGCAGCGUCUGGCCGGGAGAGUUAUGGACGAGUGGAGGAUGUCGAGUUGGCAAAACCGACAGGCUUCGAAACUCGACCGUCGGCGACUGUUGGGAGAAGCACUGUCCAAAUGGAAGCAAGUUCAUUUGAAGCAAAAGAGUUUGAACCGCAAAGCACAAACAUUUUCCAAACUCUGCAUACUCGCUACUACGCUACAUACCUGGCGCCUGUCUUCUCGCGAAGUCCUUUUCGAGCAAAUCAAAGACAGACGUCGAGUGACCCAAGCGUUUGCUACUUGGAAGGCUGGUAAGGACCGUCUGAAAGGGCUGGAAGCGCUCGCAGAUACUUUCGUUGAGGGCAAGGAUAAACGACUUGUCACUACCGCUCUGAAAACUUGGCGCUCCAAAGCCUCCCAUCUGGCCCACCUCGACUCGCUCGCCACCCACUUCCAACACGGCUCUCUCAAAACCAAGUGUCUCACCAAAUGGCGUUCUGCUACCCAGACAAUCUCGACCAACAAGGCGCUCGCAGACCAAGCGAGGGGAUUCUUUGUCAAGAGGUCGGUGUUUGGUGUCUGGAAGGGGCAGUGGGGACAGAUCAAGGUUGAUGAUUGGGUGAGGAAGAGAGAAGAAAGAGUGAUGAGGGGCGUUCUAGAGAGAUGGCGAGGUAUGGCGCGUAAAUAUCACGAUCUCGAGAAACGAGACAUUGUCUUUACAAAAUUCGUUGACCAGCGCACCCAACAAGCAAGCUUUACAAAAUGGCUCAAUCGGGUCAUUGAAGUCAAGGACCGCGAGCUCCGAGCCGCAAGGGACCAUGAUGAAAAGCUAUGUUGGGAUGUCGUUGCGACCUGGCGUGAGAGACUGUCGAGGAUCAGAGCCGACGAGAAGAGGGCGGACGAUGCAGUAGAAAUUAGGGAGAAUGAACAUUUGAGACGGACGUUCCAAAGUUGGCGACUAGUGGCCAAACGCUCGAAACGACUACGCCUUGCGUCAGAACAAUCUCUGAUCGAGAAGGACGGCCGACUGCUGAGGAAUGUCUGGGAGAAAUGGUGGGAGAAGAAGAGGGAGAGGGACCUUGAAGACGUCAGACGAGAAGUGGAGUUUUUGCAUGAGAAUGUCAUUCUGUUUGGGGUGAUGGAUAAGUGGAAGGCUGCCACUGUUAUCUUACCCGGCAUUCAAGCUGACGCCUCUCGCGUCAAAAAGACGACCUGGAACGCCUGGCGCGAAGCUUUCGAGGUCAAGACGAAAGCCAAGAGACUGCAAAAGGAGAGAGACAUGAGACUUCUAUACGAAGCAUUCAACUUGUGGAAAGAUUCGGCCACCGAGAAGGCUUUGCUCAAGGCUCGCCGAGCUCGUAACCGAUCGCGACCGUCUGGCGGCCACGCAUCAGAUCCCAAGAUUGGCCCUCGGCGUUCACUGCCGUCUUCCAGCGCCCACCACCGAAGUGGCUCUGCCUCGACUGCACACCGUCCGUCUCUGAAUCCUCCACCUAUACCGACAGGUCGUACAUUUCAAGAGUACAAUCGUCCGGCAUCAGUGUAUAGCGAGCCUGUGUACACUCGCUUAAGAGACGAGCUUGGGCUCAAGAGAAACAGGAGGGUAGGGAGCGAGGAGCCCGUUGUACCGCCUGUGCGAGAAGGACGGGAGGGGACAAGCAACAGGAUCGCGAGAGGUGGAAGCGUGGAGGUGGCUCCGGUACCGAUUGUAGAGCCCAUGGAGAGGCCAAGGAGUGGAAGCGAGAUGCUGAGGGCUUUGAGAGGUAGUAUCCCUGAACGUUGA